AGCAACGGCAGACAGCUGAGUUCUCAAUGGCUUCUUUCAUUGCACCCAACGGUUGAGCCUGUCCCCAGGGCCGUUGGAGAACCAAGGACCCACCUUUGAAAUAACCUGGAAACCUGUGGUCUUUAGGAAGAGCUAGCCCUUUGCAGCGUGCAAAAAGAACUGACUUACAUGCUAGAGGGAAGUUCGGUGCCUAAUGUUCAGAUAUCAGAGACACGGAGACAGGUUGACUAGCACGAGAGAGCUUGUGCAAAAGCUUAUGGACUCUGCCUCAAGAAUGACACCAGUCUAGAAGAAUUAUAGGAGGAGACAGGAGGCGUGGGAUGACCUCCGAAGAGGUUAAAUAGGUCACCAUGACGCUGGGCACCAAGACAAGCAGAAGGACCCAUGAAGACCUUCGCCUGGACUUCUGGUACCAUGAUGUCACUUCAGAUGCUGCUCCUGGCUGCCCUGCUUCUGGGGACUUCUCUGCAGCAUGCCAGCGCUGCUCGAGCCACCAAUGUAGGCCGAGAGUGCUGCCUGGACUACUUCAAGGGGGCCAUUCCCAUCAGGAAGCUGGUGACGUGGUUCAGGACCUCAGUGGAGUGUCCCAGGGAUGCCAUCGUGUUUGAGACUGUCCAGGGAAGGCUUAUCUGCACAGACCCCAAAGACAAGCAUGUGAAGAAGGCCAUCAGACACCUGAAAAACCAAAGGCUGUGAUCUUCCCAGCGAGUCAUUUGGAGACUCCAGAGCUGCUGUCCAUGGCCUCAACCUCGAGCUGCCUGUGUCCAGUGGAGGCCUCGAGAGCCCAAGAGCUGCCACAGAGCAGGAGUCCCUGUCCCCUUUGUAUAGACUCUUGUGUGCUGCAGACGCACACACAAAAGCACGGAUUAAAGUCUUCCUCCUUCA